AUGCUCUCCGCCAGAAAGUCACUGAUCAGACAAUUCUCAUCUUCUUCAAAGACAAUGUCCUCCCAAUUCAGAACAGAAUCAGACGCCUUUGGUGAAUUACAAGUGCCUUCAAACAAAUACUGGGGUGCACAAACUCAAAGAUCUUUACAGAAUUUCAAGAUUGGUGGUGAACGUGAAAAAUUACCUGAACCUUUGAUCAAAGCCUUUGGUGUCUUGAAGAAAUCAACUGCCAUUGUUAAUGAACAAUUGGGUACUUUAGAUCCAACUCUAUCAAAAGCUAUCCAACAAGCUGCUGAUGAAGUUGCAUCAGGUUCUUUAAAAGAUCAUUUCCCCUUGGUUGUAUUCCAAACUGGGUCUGGUACUCAAUCAAACAUGAAUGCAAACGAAGUCAUUUCAAAUAGAGCAAUUGAAAUCCUUGGUGGAGAAUUAGGUUCUAAAAAGCCUGUUCAUCCAAAUGAUCAUGUUAAUCAAUCUCAAUCUUCAAAUGAUACUUUCCCAACUGUUAUGCAUAUUGCUGCUGUUCAAGAAAUUACAAACCAUUUAUUACCUGAAUUAACAUUAUUAAAAGAAUCAUUACACAAGAAAUCCGUUGAAUUUGAAGAUAUCAUCAAGAUUGGUAGAACUCAUUUACAAGAUGCAACUCCAUUAACUCUUGGUCAAGAAUUUUCCGGUUAUGUUCAACAAUUAGAAAAUGGUAUUAAAAGAGUUGAAUCUUCAUUACCAAACUUGAAAUUCUUAGCUCAAGGUGGUACUGCUGUUGGUACUGGUUUAAACACUCGUGUUGGAUUCCCAGAAGCUGUUGCUGAACAAGUUUCCAAAAUAACUGGUAUUGAAUUCAAAACUGCACCAAACAAAUUUGAAGCUUUAGCUGCUCAUGAUGCCAUUGUGGAAGCAUCUGGUGCCUUAAACACUUUAGCAGUCUCAUUAUACAAGAUUGCAAAUGAUAUUAGAUACUUGGGUUCAGGUCCUCGUUGUGGUUAUGGUGAAUUGUCAUUACCAGAAAAUGAACCAGGUUCUUCAAUCAUGCCAGGUAAAGUUAAUCCAACUCAAAAUGAAGCCUUAACUAUGGUUGCUGUUCAAGUUUUCGGAAACCAUUCUGCAAUCACAUUUGCAGGUGCAUCUGGUCAAUUCGAAUUGAAUGUUUUCAAACCUUUAUUGAUUCAAAAUUUGUUAUCUUCAAUUAGAUUAUUAGGUGAUGGUGCCAAUUCUUUUAGAUUACAUUGUGUUGAUGGUAUUGUUGCAAACAAGGCCAAGAUUGAGAAAACUUUACACGAGUCUUUAAUGUUGGUUACAGCUUUGAAUCCAAAGAUUGGUUACGAUAUGGCUUCAAAAGUUGCAAAGAAUGCUCAUAAAAAGGGUUUGACAUUGAAAGAAAGUGCCUUGGAAUUGAAGGCAUUGACCAGUGAAGAAUUCGAUGAGUUUGUGAGACCGGAAUUGAUGAUUGGUCCAAAGAAGUGA